GCGUAAGUUUCGCGCUCAUAUUGACGAAGAGUGUGGGUUGUUUGUAAACUGAUGAAUUAAUAACGGCUGUAAUUUGGUAUUGAGGUGAAAUUUACAGCUAGAAGAUGAGAAAUGUGACUCAACCCUCACUGAUUUGCCAGCGACAGACCGGUUUAAGGGCUUCUGUCGGUUAUGACUUCGCUAUUAAGCGUUUGAAGUGCUAUGAAACAGGAGACUCUAGAGGCUCUUCUGCUGUUGUACCUCCUACAUUUGCCUGCAGAUUUUGUGGUGUAACUAACUAUGAGUAUCUUCUGGCAUUGGCAGAUGAAGAUGGAAAGAUUGCUAUCCAGAACACAAGACUCAAAUCCAAGAGUAAUCUGAUGGAAGGAUCACAAGCCCACAAUAACGCAAUAUUUGACGUUGCUUGGAUGGAUGGGGAAUUCAAAUUGGUUAGUGUAUCUGGAGACAACACUGCAGUUCUCUGGGAUGUUUCCAACUCUCAGAUGAAGGAAAUUGGGAAAUUUGAGUCUCACACUCGCAGUGUUAAGACAGUAACUUUCAAGCCAAAGGACAAAGCAAUUUUUGCUACUGGAGGAAGAGAUGGAAUGAUCAUGAUAUGGGAUGCACGCACAGCCAGUGGAUCUCGUCAGUGUAAACCUGAUAAUUACAUAUCAAAUAGCCAUCAUCUACCAGGUCUUGUAGCAGGUACUGCUUCAAAAUGUCGGAGGACUAAGUGUCUCCUGCCACCACGUGCAGAUAGUGUCACAGGACUUGUAUUUCAAGACGAAAAUACGUUAAUAUCAUGUGGAGCUGGAGAUGGACAAAUAAAAAUUUGGGAUUUACGAAAGAAUUAUUCAGCAUAUAAGAGGGAUCCUUUACCAAAACUACAUUUACCAUAUGCUGGAGGAACAUCAAAAAAUGGAUUUACAGAUCUGCUGCUUGAUCCUGGCAAUGUGAGACUAUAUGCGAGUUGCAUGGAUAGCACAGUUUACUGCUACAAUGUUUCUACUUAUGAGAAACAACCAGUUUCAACAUACUCUGGGCAUGAAACAUGUUCAUUUUAUGUUAGAACUUGCUUAAGUCCAGAUGGCCAAUAUCUUGUAAGUGGCUCUAGUGAUGAAAAGGCUUAUAUUUGGAAUACCAGCCAGCCAGGUAGACCAGUGACAACACUGGCUGGACACUACUUAGAAGUUACAUGUGUUGCAUGGUGUCCUGUUGGUGAUAUACAGAUUGUAACGUGCUCAGAUGAUGCGCAUGUCCGUUAUUGGGAAGUUGGUAAUGAAUACGAAGAGUACAAUGAAGUGGAGAUUCGAGGGUGGGCAGAAGACAUUGUUUCUCCAGGCCUGGUUCCAAGGCAAAAGCUUAGAGGUGUUGCAGAAAAAAUUGUGGGGCCCACGUUUCACCAGGCACAAAACAUUGUGGCCACUUUGGAAACAACACCCAGAUCCCACAAAAAAUACAUCUUCAAUCAUCAGAGAACACCAGUUGUAUCAGAUAUGCAAACACCAGAGUUGGAGGAAUGCCAGAGUUGUAACAGUGGCAAACUGGUAACACCCUGUUCAAAAUGCUUAUCUGCAAAGGAUAGAACUACAUCCGUUAGAGAGAGACAUUCAUUGAAAAGGCGCUUGGAAGAUAUGAUGGAAGAUGAUGACUCACAGGGCUCUACAAAUAAGAAGCGAUCAGUUUUAUCUCCAAUUAAAGAAAACAAUGGGGAAAUGUUGGAGAGAACACCUAGUGAUUCCAGAGGUGCAAGGAGACUUUUCAGUCCUGGAGAGAAAAGUAUUGAUAUGAAAGAAGACAACAACCCCGGGUUUUGUAAUUCACGAUCUUUGUUCUCCUCUCCAACAGACAAACUCCCCAAUUAUGUUGUGGAUGGGACAUCUCCACACCACUUUUGCAACCGGAGUCCACUACAAAAGGAAAAUAUUGACUGGCUAACUAAAUUGCAGAAAGAAAAACCGUGUGUUCUAAAGGCAGCUGUUGUGUCAUCACAUUAUACACCCAAGAGACGUAAACGGUCUGGGUCAGGGGCUGAUGGCAGCAUACUCAAAUUUUUCCGUGUAUCAGGAAAAGCAAAUAGUGAACAGUCAAUUUUCUCUAAUAUCUCUGUGCACUCAGAUGAGUAUGAAAAGUAAAGUCUGUGUGUGUGUGUGUGUGUGUGUCAAGGAUGAGGAUGAACUGAAUUUAAUGCAAGAGAGAAUGGAAGUAAUUUAUAUGUACAUGUAAGUUGACUAAAGGAAUAUCUCCUGCCAGUUUGACUAAGUAAAAUGUGAUCAAUUUUAUGUAUUUAUAAAAAUAAUUUUAGUUUUGUUAGAUUAUGUUGAGUGGUAAUGCAUAGACCUAUAGAUACACAUAAAGGAUUUGAUCUGUUACACAGAUUCUGAAGGUGAUCUGUGCACUAGAUCAAUACUUAUUAUAAAAAUAGAAGACAGACAGACAGAUUCAUUUCACUAACAAUAGUUAGUGGUUACCAAAGAGUUCAUCACAUCUUUGAUUAUGAAAGCUUGGAACUAGAUUUCAGGUUUUCAGACUUUUGAAUGAUUGCCUUUUACUCGCCUGCAGACUCUCCAUAUAAGAAGAAAGCAGCUUUUGUUUAAGUUGAAUGUUCUGUCAUUUCAUGUCUGCAUUCUCACAGCUGUAUAAACAUUACUAUAUGUGUACAUGUUGUGAUAUGAAAUCUAUCAUUUGGAUUUUCAAGGAAAUAGAAGAGCUGACAAUAUGUAUAUAUGUGUAUAUAUAAUGAGAUUUUGUCUACAGCAAUGCAAUGGCUGAAAUAAAUACUUGUUGAAGUAAAUGCAACCUGUAACACUUAAUAUUUUCACGUUUCAUCAUCAUUUGCCAUCAGUCUAAUGUCAUGCCUUCCAGUUAUACAGCAAAGCUGCAUCUCUGUGUUUUUUGUAGAAUGUCCAAUCCAUACGCGGAUUAUUUUUGUGAACUUAGCACGUAACUCUAAGGAGAACAAAAUUUUGGAGGUUAUUCACGGAUAUGACUUGUGGGCUUUGGCGACUCAUUACAGAGUAAUAAUGCAAUUAUGCUUUUAUUUGGUUAUUAUCCCAAUUAUCUUUGUUUCUGUGAAAAGACCUCCAUAUCAGUGAAAAAGUAUGUAAUAUGCUGAUAACAAAAUGUAUAACACAGAACUAUCCUGUUCUGUGGAAUUAAUAAGAAGAUGGCAAGGUGAUUGGCACACCCAGUUUAUGCCUUUUGGUCUAGGAGUCGGUGAGCAUUGGAAAAUUUAUGGCAGAGGGAUAGUCUUUCAUGCACUCAACAACUCUAAAUACUUUAUUGGUAAAAUAAUUCUUGGCACCAUAACUGUGUGUGGCAUAAGUGACAUAAAUGAGAGUUGUAUAGUUGAGUAGUUUGUGCUUAUAUCACAAUGUCAAAUGCAAGUCACAGCAUCAUGUAGUUUUUUAUGCAAUUCUAGGUAACACUGGCAAUCAAAGGCUGCCUGAGCAUGGGUGAAUUAAAGUAUUAAUUAAUGGCUACACACGGUAUCUCAAAAGAAAGUUUAUAUUUGAUGUGUCGAAAUAAAAUGGAUUUUGAAGUCCAUCAUCAAAAUCCUUAUUUGUUAUUGAAAUAUACAGUUUAGGAAUUUACUUCUUCACUCAAGCAAACUGCAGCAUGCCUAUGGUACUCAUUUAAAUGAUGAAAAAAACUUUGCAUGACGGCUCAACAUGUAGACACCAGAAUUGUUGUCACUUCACUACAGAUGUUUCCUGUCAAUUGCUCCAGAGAAGUUGGAAUACUGACAUAAAUGUUAGAUUUAACAUAUCCCCAUUGGGGUGGGGGAAAUCAAUGGGCUCAAAUCUGGACCGCUUCAGGGUCGUUACCCCUCCUGAAAAUCAAUUUGCCAAGGAUAAUUUCAAGAACUCGCAUUAGACAUGUGUGCGCUGAGUCUCCAUCUUUGCUGAAACCAUGUUCUUUGGUUAUAAGCAGGAAAGUUCUGCAAUUCAGGCACCAGAAAUUCAGCUAAUAUCGUCAAACAGUGUUCCAAAUUCAUGUAACUGCACAUCUGCUCUCGUCUUGUUACUUUUGGCGAAUGCAGUGGUUUCUCUUGCUUAUGAGUAGGAUUCAUUGCACUCCAUUAGCGUUAAAUGAAGGGCACUCGGUCACAUAACGAACUGCAGCCUAUGUCUGGCAUCCUGGGGCUUUAAUUCUUGCUCAGUUGGAUACUGUAAGGAUGCAGUUUAAGGUAUUUUUGCAGAAUUUGGGGCAGUAAUGUUCUCUACACUUUUAAAGAACUUGGACACUUAACGGAUGAAGAGGUUAGGAUCAUCACGAACAGACUAAUUUACACUCCCCACAGAUUCGCGUGUUCUUAAUAACGACCUUGGUCGCCCGGGUGGUCCGCUCCUGAGAAGCACUCCAUAAGGACUGGAUUCCUAAAGGCCAAGCAAGCAAUGAAUGUACCCGCCACUCUCCACAGAUUUGGUGCGCAUGCACAGAGAGCUCUUAAAAUAUAAACUUUCCUUGAGACACCCGAUAUUUUCAGUCAUGGCUACCAUCCAUUAGAUAUUUACAUCUUUAUUUACCAGUUUCAAUCCUUUAUAUUGAUAAUGUUGAGACUAUUGGCAAGCAAGGGAAACUUAUUUCAGCUAUUAUGAACAAAAUCUCUGAUUAAUUAACAAAUAACCAAAUAUAGCUGAGCACCCUUUUCUCAAUUUCUGUUGCAGCUUGUGUGCGUAAAUGGUGCUUUUUGGAUAACUUG